UUAAACAGAAGGUCAAAGCUCAGGUAGCCUAUGCUUGAACACUUGUUUUAGUUCAGGGAGAACAGAGUUCACAACUCGCUGUGGCAGACCGGUAGGAUCACUCUUCAUUCAAAGGCAGCGCCGCUGCACUGGUACCAGCUUUAGGGUUCGCCUGGUGGUCACGUGACUUUUUUCGCGUGGUGAAGGGAACCGUCGGUACAACAUCUCGCUUCGAUACAUCUGCUCAUAAAGUCGAUACCGUGCCUUGUCGGAGAAGUUUGCUUCUAGCGUGACACUGCAACUCAUUUCUAAUGUGAGAAGUUUCAGUUAGCCUGCUAGCUGCAGCCAAGCGUCAGUGCCUUAGAGAAGUCUCGUGGCAGACUAACUUUACGUGACGGGAGAUGAACAAAAAAAUAACGAAAUCACCCGGUGAUACUUUUUUCCACAUGAUAGCAGCUUGACGCUGUGUUUUUUUCUGCGGACUGUAAAUUGCAUUGACGGGACUUGCCUCGGUCGGUGGGUCCCGGGCUGCUGCGAUGUGUGCCCGCUGCUCCACGAAGCUCUGCUGGGGAAGUGAAUCUUUCACCGGAUGAUGGACAGGAACUACCCGAGCUCCAGCUUUGCGGACACGCUGGCUCCACCAGCACAGACCGUAGCUUCGUGGGCCUAUGACCGCGGCUCAGCUACUAUCAAGCCAAGCCCCAGUUACGGUGCAACAUACCUUGAUGCCGAGCUCCUCCAGCGGCAAAGCUACACUACGACGCACCAGCUUCCCACGUACACUACAUCACAUAUUCCUGUUGCAACAGGAGAACUAGAGUCAAACAGUAGUACUCCCGAGACCUCAAUCAUGAGCUUCCUUUCAGCCAUGGAGUCAAGAAGCCUUCAGGCUGGUCCUGUUAGUGCCUCAUUGCUUUCUCCUUAUAGACCCCCAUCAUGGCCUGCUGGCGCCAACUCCUCGACCACAGAGCUAUAUUUGACUGGUGCCCUGCCUUCUACAGCUACUUUCCCCUCUACACCUGCGCUUUCAUCCUGUCAGCACACAGGUGCCUAUCCUACCAGGAGUUAUGCCACCAACCCUUCCCUGACUCUCCAGGAUCCUGCCUUUAGCACUUCUACCAAUGGCCUGUUUUCUCACCAUGAUCCCCUCCUGCAUCUUAAGUCUAACCAGACUGUUCUUCCCACUGCCUUGGCCUUCAAUCAUCUUUCUGCCUCUGCUCUGGGCUCAGCUCUCCCUGUACAGUCCUCCACUUACCGCUCAGCCCAAGAGUCUGCACCCCACCUCCUGCAGCCCCAGUUCAGCCUCCUACCUUCUACCCUAUCUGCCACUCAUGGUGCGCCUCAGCCAUUUGGGGCUACAGUUUUCUCAGGCUCUAUUGAAAGAGCCCUUCAGCGUGAAUGUAGUGUGAUCAAACACCACCAGAGGCCUUCUAGUAUUCAUAUAGCCUCAGAGCAGUUACCUAGUUCGGAGCAGUCCUUACAGGGAUAUUUCGGUUCAGGCAGCGAAGCAGAUGUAUCCUACCAGCAGGAACCAUCCCAUCAGCCCUCCGUGUCCUGCAACCCCUCCACAGGAGCAGAUUCCUCUCAAGGAGUCAGUGGUUCCCUACAGCCCAAAACAGAUUGUACAACACAAGUAUAUUCAUCCACUUCACUGCAGAAGACGAAUGAAUGUUCUGCCAAACUAGCUCCACAGCCUGCAGGAAAUGAAGAGAUGCACUCUCAGAACCUGUCAGCGGGGUCUCCUGAGCGUUAUUCCUCCCCUGGACUGAAGCAAAACUCUGUGAUUAUUAACCAAGAGGCAGUCCAGCUGUCUAGCCUAAUUUCCAACAGUUUAUCUCAAACUUAUAUGACACCUCAUACACAGUCACAAGCCUCCAAUUCCACUUCAGACAAACUCUCCUCCCUUUACGAGACUCUCCCUUCACUCUCCAGCCAGUCUGACAAUGUGGCAUCUAUUAGUCAGUCUCUUGUUUACUCAUCUACUCCUGGGCUGAACCAAGAGCAUGGCAUCCAGUAUGGAGCCCAAGUACAGAGCUUGUGUCAAGGAAAUCUGUCUGAGAGCUAUCCCACAUCCCACUCUCAGGGUGCCUCAAAUGUGACGUAUACUUCUCAAUCACAGGUGCAAAAUUCAGUGACCCAGUCUCAAAGCUUUAUCACAGGAGAAUCCCUUAACUCUUCUUUCCCACCCACAUGUGUACAGAGCCUGCCCACAUCAUCUACAGUGGACUACACCCUCAUGCAGGCCUCAGUGGGAGGCAAAACACAUGAAACUCUGUCCCAGCAGCAGCACUCACAACCCAACACAUAUGUUUUGUCUGCACCUUUGCCUACCUACUCUUCAGCAGCGCAGGCCUUACAAAAUAACAUAUCUACAAUACAGGACAUAAAGCCAGCAUAUGGCAAACAAAAACUUGAAGAGGUGCCUCUCCAAGGCCUCGAGGCUCUGCGGCAGGUCUCCGUGGAGGCCUCCAUAACAUGUAACAGUAUAGUGUCACAUAACAAUGUCAUCUACGUUGUUUCAAAAAUGGAUGAUCACCCCAAAGCACAGAGUGUUAUUCGAAGCAGUUCACGUUCUGAUGACCAGAUUAUGGGACUACGUCAUGUAAAGGAUGAAAGAAUGGGUUCUCUAAGCCAACACCACAUUCAUUUAACUAGUGCCAGUGGUCAUGAAACUUCUAACACAAAAACUACAGACUCCACCAUUGAAUCCUCACAUAUCCCCCUGUGCUCAGAACCGCUCAAGCAGCAUCCUCUCCAACUUGAAUCUGCUGAGGCACAGCAACAGAAUCAACAGAACCAUAGCCAGACUCAGGCUAUAGCAGCCCACACCCAGUUUAUUGCUAUUCCCAGUGCUCAGGUUCAUCCUGAGACCAAUCAAGUAAUUUUGCUCCAGCAGCCACUUUUGAAUAAUAGUCAGAACACAUCAAAGGUGAUACCAGUGCAAACUAUUCAAUCGGGACAAGGCCUUGGCCCUGUUCAUGUCCAGUAUCUUCAGAUGGACCGAGACCUGCUGGGUCCAAGUGUUACAGAAACCCAGAGUCAGCAGGGCACAGUAGUAUCUGAACCAAGCUCAGAAUGUCCUACUUCUAAACAUCACUACAGCCAGUUGACAAGUCAGCAGUCAAGUGAUGCCAAAAACCACUUUGCUGUCAACUCUAUUUGUUUCUCUGACUCCAUUCUUCUUCCAGAUGACAGGAAUAUUUUGUCAAAUGUUGAUGACAUCCUCGCUGCUACAGUAGCUGCCUGUGGCGUGUCACCACAAGACUUUGUCAAAGCUACAUCCUCUGCUGAGGCUGAUAUGGCAGUGAUGGCAAGCCCUAUUGAUUCCAAAGGUCACUUCCAGACUGUUGAUUUAAGACACAUGUCACCUAGUUUCUCUUCAGCACAACAGCCAAUUAUCACUAACACUAUCUCCCAAACCAUCACCAUGACAUUAAACGGACCACAGAUGACAACAGACUGUCAGGGUGGAUCUGGUACCCACAACAACAAUAAUGAGCUUCACGCGAAUGGAGACAUAAGGUGCUCUGACAACAACUAUCACUCAGCUGGGCAGGUAUAUGACUCCUCAGGUCCCCAGAAUAGAAUUCAGGGGAAUGCAAAGUGUAUUAAAACUGAUGAUGGACUCAUGGAAAGUCCAAAUGGUGAGGACUUCACCAAAAAGAAGGCUCGCUCUAAGUCACUGACUAAAACAGGCAGUCACGAAGAGGAUGGUGGACUGGCAAGACCAGCCAAACGUAGUGGGCAGACCAAGCGGCAAAACUCGAGGGGUAGUGAUGUGAGCUCACCAUCUGCGUCACACAGUUUAUAUGAUGGUUGUCCACAGCAGGAGAGAAUCAGGCAAAAGAUUCGUGAAGUGGAAGAGAAACAACCAGAAGUCAAAACUGGCUUUAUUGGCUCCUUCCUAGACUUUAUCAAAUCAGGGCCCAAACAGCAAUAUUCUCCAAGUCCAACACGAACAAUUAAUCGCCCUAGAAAGGCUUGUACCUCAUCCAAACAGUGUACUAUGCCAGCUUUGCCUCCUAAACUGCCAACUUUGCCCACGCCCUUAAUUCCCCAGGACAGUCCAGUAGUAAACUCUCAGCAGAAACGUCUUGAUGAAGAUCUGCAGAAGAACUUGGAGACCCUGCCAUCAUUCAGCUCUGAUGAAGAAGAGAACACUGGAAAGAACCAGGCUCUGAGGAACAGCAUCAGCUCAGCUCUCUCAGCUCUGGAUGAAUCUUCAGAUCGGAAAACUAGGACAGAUAAUCCGUUUCAAGGUUCGAUGAUGAAGCCAGAAGAGGUUCCCAGCAUGCCCCACGCUGUCACAGAUAGUGCGCCUCCCGUGACAUCCUGUGUGCUGCAGGUACCCGCUCCUGCACAGACAACAAACGCAGCCUCGGGAAAGACUGUUUUUGCAGCAACAGAGGAGUCCAAAGAGACACCACCUGGCCAGCUGGCUAUGCCUUUAAAGAGUGUGGCCAUGGCAGGACUCACUGAUGAGGAGCUGUCGGACAGCGGAGGAGAAGGAAUGUAUCGUGAGAGAGACGAGUUUGUUGUCAGGAAUGAGGAUAUUGAAAACCUAAAGGUGACAAUGAAAGCAGGCAGUGAGCCUCCAGCCAUCUGGAAGGUACAGAAGGCUCUGCUGCAGAAAUUUGUGCCUGAGCUGAGGGAUGGAAAGAGAGUUUUCUCAGCUACAAACAGUUAUCUUGGGUACUUUGGUGAUGCCAAGACCAUGUACCAGAGGGUGUAUGUGAAAUUUUUGGAUACAGUUAACAAAAGGGAAUAUGUACGCGUUUGUAGUCAGAAGCCACGCUGCAAACCCAUGAACUCACUAAGGGGUCUUCAGGUGAAAACUUUGCUGGGCUUGACAGCCACUCCUACAGUUUUCCAGAACCAAAAGCCCAGACCCAAACAACUUAAGCCAAGAGCAGAGCCUCCACCAAAAAAGAGGAGGAAAUGGAAGGAGGAGUUUUCACCUACUGCCUCUGGAUCAUCUGCAGAAGAAGGAGGUGAAGAGGAUGAGUUAAACCCUCCGCUACCGUUUGCUUCCCGAUUACUCAACACACGAACCAUGAAAGAGACAUUCAAGAGCUUCGUGGAACUUCUCAUCAGUAUUGCCUUAGAUGAAGAUGUAAUGACAGCACUUGAAAGGGCAAAUGAUGAAUUGCUGCUGCCACAUAUGAAAAGAGUGGAUGGAAUGAUCACUGACAACAGGAAACGUUUACUUCACAAACUACACAUAGAGCAGGUGUUGAAGACGGCACUAGACAGCUUCCCAGAGAUCUCAGUGGUGACUGAACUGAAGAAGGAUGGGGAAACGCCAGCCUUCAAGGUACGUCUCAGUGGACGAGCCUACAACAAGAAGACUAUGAAACCCCAGAAGAGCCCUAACACUAUGCCUCAGGAGUAUACAGUAGACCAGCAGAAAACUCAGUGGUUUUCUCUAUACCACUCUUUGCAGCAUUACAAGUACCACACAUACCUCAUGUGUAAGGAUGAGAUUGCAUCUCUGCGGGUGCAGGCAGGGGACCUGGGGCAGGAGGAGACUGUACAGAAGUGUCUGCAAAACGGGGCUUGGGUAGAGGGGCUCUUUGAUCGCUUCGGAGAGCUAAUCAAUCAAGUGCAGCAGGCCUGCCGAUGAAAGCCUUUAACAUGCUUGGUUUAAAAAAAAAAAAAAAGUCCAACUUUUGAAAACCAGAAAAUGCCUCCAGCUCAAAAUGUGGCCGAGAAGGAUGGAGUGAGUCUCUUCGUCAAGCACAUGGGUGUUUCGGAUAAACUGACUUGCCUGUUAAAGACUGUUGAGAGACUGUGGAGUAAAAGUGGCAGGAGUGCAACAGUGAGACAUACACUGUUUAUCACUGCAUCCCAGCAGAAACCUGGAACUUCAUCAACAGAGGACAAGAACUUUGUUCUUGGGAGUAUUUUGGAAGGCUCCCACGUAGUACUUCUCCUAGUCUUUGUAGGUUUUUAUAGUUAAAAGCCCACUUUUAUGGGCUUUUUCAAUUGGGCUUUUUAAUUUGUUUUUCUUUUUUAAGUUAAAUGCCAGAUCAUGACCAGAGAGUAUGCACAAUAUAGAAGGCAAUCAGCACAGGAAGUAGAACACAGCAAAUACACAAGCAGAGCAAGCCUUUGUCAAUCUUUUAAGUAAGCUCACAUGCAAAGUUGAUCUGUUGUUUUGUUUAAAAAAAGAACUAUACAUUAUAUAUAACUAUAGUUAUAUACUGUUUGCAAAACAUCACAUUUGUAAUACGGUGCCAGCUUAUAUAUAUGUAUAAUGUACAUUUUGUAAAAAAAAAAAAAAAAAAAAAAAAGCAGGACGUUGGAACAGCAGCAAAUCUCUCUUUAGCAGCUACAUAGUGCAUCUAUACUAUAGUUUAACAUUUGUGUUUCAAGCCAACCAUUUGCUUAUAAGAAACAUCUUUGAUUGGAAUCAAUGCAGUUCCAGUACUGCUUUUUAUUAAUCUUUUUAUUAAUCUCAGACAUUAUUACCUUGGCUUAUCUAUGGGUAAAUGAAUGCAAAUGAAUUGCUUUACAGACAUAGCCUACAUUUUAUGAUAAAAGUAUAUAUUUUCACAGAAGAAAAUGGUUAUUUCUAAGACACGUUUUGAUUAUCUUUUCACAGUUUUCCAGAAUUUACUCUUUCUAAGUCAUUUAUUUUAUUCUGUCAUAAAUAAUCUUGUUCUUAAAGAUGCAGUUUGUAAAUAAAACACUGCAUGUAUUAGG